UUUACCUCCUGGAUCAAGACCAGAAUAAAAGACGAGACAGAAAUCCCCGUAUUUGUGGAACUGGCAUCAAUUUCUGCCACUAAAAAUGACAUGUGUAUCGAUACAGUGAGUUUCUUCCGUGAUACCAUGGCUGCUUUUGCCCCCAUCAGAUUAGACCCGAGUCCCACAGCUGAGUUUGACCCGUUCGCUGCAGCUCCAUCUUUCGCCAGAGAAGCCAUCGCAAAAGACAGUGAACUUCCCAAGAAGCUGGCUAGGCUAGAAGACUGCGUCUCAUUGCGACUGCUCAAUGACAGCGAGGAGAGCACAUCUCCAGCAGACCAAAAGACCAAGAAAUACAGUUUGUCUCAGCUUGUGGCGCUCCAGAAUGAGCUGACGUUGGUGGCCACCAAGGUUGAGCAAGGCAGGGAGGAGGCAAACCGUUUCCUGGAGCUGUGCUGUCUCCUGCCUGAUGUCAUAAUGCACCUUCAAAUGAUGCGGGCUGAUGUCACAGGGGGAUGCCCCACAUCACAGGGAGGUCUCCCCAGCGCCACGUGGGUGCUGGCAUUUCCCAGCGAGGCCUGGGAGCUGCUGGGCACUGCUCAGGGGCUCUCCACUGCUGCCCUUCGGAGCUGCUCCACAGCCAGGAGCAGGGUCAGGAGGCAGCGGGGCUGUGCUGGGGGACCCUCGCUGACAGGCAGAGCGGAGGCACGUCAGAGAGGAGUUUUGGGAGAGGAGCUGCGAAGAGCAUCCCUUUCCCUGAGCUGAGGGCAAGCAGCCAGCGCGAUGGAGGGCUGCUGCACCGUGGCCGUCAGCUUGG